CGAGGCUGUAGCCCACAGCCGUUUCCUGGGUGCGUAUAGCGUCAUAGGCAGUGUAAAGUAGUUAGCCAUCAUAGUACACGGAGAGGCGACUAUGUGGAUAAGAGGACGGGGUAACGUUAGAGUUUUGGAGAGAUUUCUUUGACAGGCGACACCGCUCUCGCAGUAAAAGCAGGCAAGCUGCGAACUGGAGUUGUCGCGUCAGGAAAUAGUUGGUCACCUGGAAUUAGUCUAAUUUCAGUUGGAACAACGAGUUCGAGGCGGAUGAGGGGAGCCCCCCGGGAGGGCAAGUGCGUGCUGUGGCGGGGUCCUGCUAGCGAAAGAUGAACAAAAACCACCGAGUGCCGAGCAACCGAACUCUAAGCACCGUGGAGGUGAAGAGCAAGUUUGGAGCAGAGUUCCGCCGCUUUUCUCUAGACCGGUCCAAGCCCGGCAAGUUUGAUGAGUUCUACGGACUCCUGCAGCAUGUCCACCGCAUUCCCAAUGUGGACUUGCUGGUGGGCUACGCGGACGUGCACGGAGACCUCCUCCCCAUCAACAACGAUGACAACUACCACAAGGCCAUCUCCACGGCGACACCUCUGCUCCGCCUCUUCCUACAGAGGCAAGAGGAGGCCGAUUACUCGGCGUUCGGCACCGACUCCCUGACGCGCAAGAAGACACCGGCAGUGCUGGCGGCGGUGCUCCUGCGGCCAGAGGCCAGCCGCAAGAAGCCGCCCAUCAUCAUCAGCCUGCCACGCGACUUCCGGCCCGUCUCGUCCAUCAUCGACGUGGACAUCCUGCCCGAGACGCACCGGCGCGUGCGCCUCUACAAGCACGGCCAGGAGAAGCCGCUGGGCUUCUACAUCCGCGACGGCUCCAGCGUGCGCGUCACCCCACAGGGGCUGGAGAAGGUCCCGGGCAUCUUCAUCUCCCGUCUGGUGCCCGGUGGUCUGGCCGAGAGCACCGGCCUGCUGGCCGUCAACGACGAGGUGCUCGAGGUCAACGGCAUCGAGGUGGCCGGCAAGUCGCUGGACCAGGUGACGGACAUGAUGAUCGCCAACAGCCACAACCUGAUUGUAACGGUCAAGCCGGCCAACCAGCGCAACAACGUUGUUCGCCAUAGCAAUAACAGCGGCAGUGGCAGCGGAGGGGUCACCUCGGGCAGCUCGGGCCGCUCCACGGACAGCGGCGCCAGCUUCUACGGCUACUCGACGCCCGGAGCCGCUGCCGCCAACAUGACGCCCACGCACAUCAUCCAGAACUUCCGCUCGGAGGAGCUGGAGAGCGACGAGGACGACGAGGACCUGGUGAUCGAGGCGGGCGGUGAGGCCCAGCCCAUCCCCAUGGCGAUGGCGGUGGGGCCUGUGGCCAGCUGCAGCAUGCCCUCGCUGCCCCGCUACGAGCCGCACCUGAACCUGCGGCAGCACAACGGCGCCAUGACCAGCAGCGGCAGCGCUGGGUCCCUGAGCACACCUGACCGAGGUCUGGACAGGAGGAGCCUAGAGGAGGAUGGCACAGUCAUCACACUGUAGAAACAAAGAAACACACACACACACACACACACACACACAGACAGAUUCAUAAAAACACCUGUACCACACCAUUCAUAUUCGUGCGUAUACAGAAAUGUUCGCUGUUGGCUCUGUUCUCUGCUCUUCAAACACUGCAUUAAUUGAUGGUUAAAUUGUUUCGACUGCACGCGGGACCCAGUCUUUGCAUACAUGUUCUUAAAUCAGUAAGCCACAUGUGCUCACACACACACACACACACACACAAAUACUUGUAAUGUGUGCCAUAGGACUGAUGAUGCCUGUCUUUACACUGUGUGGCUCAUGGACAUUUUGUCCCCCCAUAGUGACCCCUUAGGAAAGGCCCACUGGUACUAGCACUUGUGUUUUAUUUAUGUGGAGCGAGACAGUCCACUAUGGUUCUUCCACAAGAGGGCAGCAAAUCGGCUCCCACUGCACUUUGGGUACAAUGAUGGACGAUGUUAGAGAGAGAGAGAGAGAGAGAGAGAGAGAGUUUUCCGGGCACAAUGACUUUGUGACAAUCUGCUGUCAGCAUUUCAGACUAACACCCCGCACUUCUCUGGAAGUCAUCAGAGUAAUAGGUGCAUCAUGAACAAAAAUCAGUUCCUGGCUCCCAAUGUAUGUAAGUUACCAUAGCAACUGGCAAAGUGCAUUGUCUGCAAUGAAGAGCAAACACUACUGGGCCUUUAGCUCUUUCCCUCGCAGCGCUAGGCUCCAUAACCACUCACAACAUGUCUCUUACCUUCACUCUGAUGGAACAUGUUUUACUGAAGAUUGUACAUUUUAUUUUCUCUUCCAAAUCAGCAAAUGUAUGAUUUUUGUUUGUUUUUGUGUUGUUUCUGUUUGUCGUUGUUUUUGUUUGAAUAACCUUUUGUCCCUAUGGGAGUUUAGUGAAUGGGAUAAGUAUGCUGUGCGGACUCUGAAAGGUACCACUCCCCUCCAUUUGGUUAUUUUUUUUAAAUGUGUUCGGAGGGACUGUCAAUACAUAGUUGUAUCUGUCACCUUUUCCCUCCCUAGCGACAAGGGCUAUAUUCCUGCUUAAACUGUAUUUGUUUUUUUCCUUAAGUGUCUAUUUGUGAUUUAUCCACACCCUCCUUUUUUUUUACGAUGCUCACUAUUACGUCAUUCCCUUUUUGUUUGCAUGCCGACAGCCGUAAAUAGCACUCUGAAGUGUACAGACAUAUUCACAAAUGACGAGUGUUUUACUGCACAAAUGCGUAGUAUUUCUAUUUCUUUUCUUUUUUUAACUAAGGCUGAUGAAGGGGGUUGUGAAUGUCAGCACUGUAAUUAUAACUGGAGUGCCUGGGCGAUCUGGGUGACCCCUGUUUCAUUAAUCACGAAUGAAUUCAUAUUUCAGGAAGUCUAGACAUCUCACUCACAGAAUUAGCACCCAGAAUUCCAAACCCACAUGAGUCGACCCUCCUUCGGAAAUGGAAACCUAUUCCGACAUGACUACCAUUUCUUGCACUAUAGGUUGUAUAUCUGACUUUGUCUCAGUCGGGCAUCUUGCAUGAGGGAGCUUUUAUUUGUGACCUGGAGCGUGACCACCAUUAGUUAUUAUAUGCCUGGUUAUGUAAGCCCAGUGUGGGUAGGAGGCACGCUCAGAGAGAAAGAGGUGGUGAGUGGUGUGACAACUUGAGUCAACACAGGCCACAGGCUCCUAAUGAAACCGAGACCCAACCAAAUGUGACUGGCCCUUGAGCACCCUCACAGUUUCACUGGGUGUCCACGUGCGCGAGGCAUGUUCCAAAAUGCCUACACUCCCUGCUGGUCUAUGAGUCAAGACUUCAUUCUCCAUCUUGAGCAAACACACUCGCUUACACAUUCACGCAGGUUCUCUGUCGUUAGUCUUUCAAGCAGAUGUGGUACCUCUUGAUGCAUUUCAGGGGAAGCUGAUUUUACUAGCACUAUUUGGGAAGCUUGCCCGUUUUCUCUUUUAUUUUUAAUUUCGUGCAUAACGGCUCAAGUGUCAAACCUUAUUUGACUCAUACAUUCCAGAAGGUUUGAUUGCUGCUCUCUUGUACCUCUCUCAUACACAAGCCUUGUCUCAUUACAUCUGAUAUCAUGUCUCAUAGAGGGAAAUAACUUUUGAAAAAUAUCCAAAGCAAUAGUGUUUCAUUUAUGUUCAGCCUUAGCUGAAAGUAAACACAACACAGGAUUUAAGACCUAGAAGUUGACCAUCUGUAUCCUUUUCAACACAAAUGCCCUAGCCAAUAGAUUGUGACAUCUCAUUGACAUUCUGCCUUGAAUGUAGCGUUAGACAGUGGUCGCUGGAAGAGAAUCGUAGAUGUGUAACUGUGACCCGAUAAAGGACUGGACUCAAGUAGACUGGAUAGACCAGACUGGACACAUCCUCCGCCCAUCUAUUCAAGGAAGCAGUGUAGGGCCGUCACUAACUUUUUUCAGCAACUCCUUGCUUUACAUGUGGCCUAACCUGCAGACGUACACAAUUAGAAUGAUAAAGCAUCUGAUUGAUGGGAUAAGGUACCAUGUGGAUUCACUGAAAAGAGCACAUAAAGGACCCACUCUAUCAACUGUUUUGUACACUAAGUAGGACAGAGGGCUUGGGGGAUGCCCUAGUAAAUGGUUGUGCAUUAAAUAUACUCCACACGCGAAUGACAUAAUGAAUGGAUUUUUAAGGAAGAUGUUUUUUUUAAUUUAUUUUACAAAUAUUCUAACCACUGCACAAAACCUGGGGAUCAUCACCAUAGCAAAUGUAUUUAUUUUCUAACCACUGAGAAAUGUAUUUGUCAUUAUUUCGGCAAGUAUAUGCAUACUCAUUCAUGAUCCAAUAAGAGAACCUUCUAUCAACACUGAACUCAAUUUAUUUUUGGUUUUAAAAGCAAUUAGGCAAAAUUGCAAACCUAUAUGUAGACAUAUGAAUACUUAUGCUGUUUUCCAUACUGUGAAUUCUUUCAUUUCUGUAAGAGAUCUUAUUGUAUCAGGAUACACUAAAAGGGGCUUUUAAAAGUUGUUUUGUUUCAUUUUCUUUUUUAAAUAAUGAGCAUUUUUUUUUGCUUGCCAGAUAAAUUCCAAGGUAUAGAUUUGUACUGGAAAUGUCAGUAUUUUCUUAUCAAUACAAUAUGUACAUUUGUAUCACGGUUAAUUAAAAUGUUUAAGAUAAUAAAAGUGUAUAGUGCACAUAUAGACGAUUCAAGCUGGAGAAUAAACUAAUGGUAGUAACUCA